AUGUCUCUGAGCCCACCUCGCGUAAGAGACAUAGACAUCAACAAUGGCAGCACAACCUACCAGCUCUUCUGGUGCUACCAAUGCAAUCGAACGGUGAGGAUCGCCUCCACCACCAAUCCAUCAGAGAUAGUCUGCCCUCGUUGUUUUGGACAGUUCCUCUCGGAGUUUGACAGGUCAAUCAGGCCUAGAGAUCUCCUAGACUACACCGACUUCGAUCCUUCCCCAGAAGCUCGUUUGCUGGAAUUACUUUCUCUCAUGUUCGACCCUCCUAUGGGGGCUUUCAACCAUGGAUUGGAUGACCCAGAAGCAGAUGCAAGAGAACGUCCCCGGUUUAGGCGACGCCAACUUGGUCACGAGGGAAGAGGCAUGGAAGCUGAAACUCAAGAGUCGAGGACAAAUAGGCGCAGGCGACGCAACCCUAGCUUUGAUGGUAGAGAGAAUUGGGACCCAGAACCCGAACCCCGUGCUCGAAAUCGUCCUAGGACUUGGAUUAUUGUCCGUCCCAUCGAGGAUCCUCCUAGUUCGCUGGGCCCCACUCCCAGAUCACAAGAAAAUCCAAUACUACCAGUGCCACGUGGAGUCGAUCUGGAAAACUACUUUUUUGGGUCGGGUCUCCAAGGACUAAUCGAAGAGCUGACCCAAAACGACAGGCCCGGCCCGUCUCCAGUACCGGAAACAGAAAUCAACGCAUUACCAACAGUGAAAAUCACAGAGGACCAUUUGGGCAACGACCCUUGUUGCCCAGUUUGCAUGGAGGAGUUUAAAGUUGGCGCAGAGGCGAGGGAGUUGCCAUGCAAUCACAUAUACCACAGCGAAUGCAUUGUUCCAUGGCUGAGGCUGCACAACUCUUGCCCAGUUUGCCGGGUCGGGAUUCCGGUUUGUGGCGACGGGUCGGAGGAGUCGGAGGGUUCGAAUACUGAGAGGAGGAGUCAGAGGUGCUUGAGUUGGAGUAGGCUGAGGUCUCUGUGGCCGUUUGGAGCAAGGCAUAGAAGAAUUCAACCACAGGGGGGUAAUGAGCAACAUAGUGCUGCUACUUCUGCUUCUAGAGCUGGUUAG